AUAACCAUGAAAAUAUAUCUCCCUUUACAAUUCUCAUUUAGGUGGAGAGUAGAGAUCAUGGAAGAGGAUGCAAAUGAAGUUGAUGAAUUAAUCUCAAAGCUAGGUUGUCUCAAAAAUCGAAUCAGUGAUUUACCAGAGUUAAGUUUCAUAUCUAUAUAAUCUGCCCGACUUUCCCACUCGCUCCUCAACCAGCCGAUAGUACUUUAAAUGGCUGCCUCCUAACCUUUAUGUGUCACCUCCAAGAAUGUCACCUAUCUCAAGUGUCGCUUCGAGAAUCUUGCCAAGAUUCAAUGGGAUUGCCCUAACUACAAUGGAAACAAGACCAGGCAAGGAGGGGGCUAGAGCUACUGAGGAGAAGGCCGGUGGAAGCGGACAAGAAGGGAAAAGUGGUGGACGAAGAAGACGAGGUGCUGGAGAUUCUUAAUGAGAGCUUGAACUACUCUAUAUAUCUUUAGUUGCUUGAUAUGCCAUUAUCACAUGCAAAGUCAUGAGGGAAAAUAAGUAGACAUAAGGAUGGAAACAAAGAUUGAGUUGGAUU